UUUUUCAUCCCUGAAACACUAAAUUUGGACCCACUUUUUUGGAAUAACCAUAUUCUUGAGAGAGACUGAGCAUCUGAAUGAUGAAAUACCUAAAGGACAGGUCUGGUCACGUGGAUUAGGGACUUGUGAGCCGAUCAUUGUGGUCAUUACAGCUUUCCCAAGAGUUUGACUGUAUGACAGCAGUUGACAGAAAGGAUAGUUUUUCAAAAUCAUUUACCGAGAGAGUCUUCUCUUACUUAUGAGUUUGUGAUGUCUGAGGUACAAUCAGGUUUAGUGGAUGGUUUGCAUCCAGAAGAAGAGGUGACAGAUGUUGUAUGUGACGAGGCAGAACUCAAAGACGGAGAAAUGAUGGAGGUAGAGGUCGGUGAGCACAAUGUUCUGUUGGUACGCUGUGAUGGGGUGUACAGUGCCAUCAGUAACCAGUGCACACACUAUGGUGCCCCUCUGAGCAAAGGGGUGCUGUCAGGUCACAGGGUCCGCUGUCCCUGGCAUGGUUCCUGUUUCAAUGUGAAGACCGGUGACUUGGAGGAGUAUCCUGGAAUUGACUGUCUGCCUUGCCACAAGUGGAUCGCAGACUUCUGA